AUGAGCGAUAGGCAGCAUCAGGUAGCUUCGAAGGUGAGUAGGUGUACGCCAUUGGUGAGAGGAUUGAUGGUGACGUUUGCAGAUGCAUGGGCGGUCAUCGUUCUUAUUGGUCCUUUAACUAUCGCAUUCUGGUGGAGCACCUGGACGAUUAUGGAUGUCAUACUUUCAUCGACUGGGAAACCUGAUACGUUUCUAAUAUCCAUAUGUGUCGGGUUUGUGGUCCCCUCUCUUUUUAUCCCACUGCAGAGUGUUCUCAUCGGCAACAUCCAGCGAAGAAAUUUUGCAUGGUACACUGUGCCUCGGAUGUAUGUAUACAUUCUUUCUCUUGCUGUGGUCAGCCUAUGGAGAGGGGCUUGGGGAAUUUGUGAAUUCUACAUCGGCGAAUCCAAACUGGUUUAUGUCUACGUUGGGAUAAUAUCAUACGUAAUACUGUGGAGUACACGUGUAAGCUACACCGGAGUAUCGUCGCCAGUGACGCUUGAUCUUGACAUCGAGAUUGAUUAUUAUCGUAUCAAAACUCGUUUCUAUGCCCGUGGAGGUAAUUUUGUUUUACGAGUGAUAUCAAUUAUAAUAUCUGUGGCGUUAACGGCGAUUGGUGGAUUAACAUGGCAAAGUGUUUGGACGCUACUUGACCACUUUAUUUACCCCGAAAAUGAAUUAGUAUCUUUCUCAAUAUUCCUUGCAAUCGCGAUAAUUCUAGUCCAACUGACGUUUACGCUCACCCCGUUCGCAAUUCCUACAUUGCAAGAUAUAUAUAGCGUCAAAGCCAGAAUAUUGUAUGAGAAUCUGUGGAAUGUGGUUCGGCUUGUUGAAUCCAUUUUACUCUGGAGAUGUGGAUGGAUAUUGUAUGAUCUGUUUGAUCUUAGCAACACUGGUAUAAUUGUACUACACGUCUUCUCAACAUUAAUAUUAAACGUUAUUAUGUGUGGCUUCACGACUGCUGCUUCAAACCUUAAUUAUGCAUCACUUGACGGUGAAGGAGCCGAUGGAACUAUUUUUCAAAUGCCAUCAUUGGCGCCAUUGGUGAGUAAGGACGCAUUAUUCAAAUCCACCAGAAUUUGCAAAUGUGCAUAA